CUGUUCUCAAAUUAAGGAUUAAUGAACUAAAUUGCUUGUAAAAUUUACAUAUUUACAAAAUUUAUAUAGGAAAGUUGCGAACUAACUUAGUACAAGAAUCUAAAAAGUGAAGAAAUACUUGCUGGCAAGAUGAAUGCGGUUCCAAUAGCGGUGAAUAAAGCAGCAAUGCGAAAGUAUGAAGACUUGGAAAUCCCCUGUGAAAGUAUCCUGGCUUCGUAUGUUUGGGUAGAUAGCAGCGGCAUUGACCUUCGAUCCAAAGACAGAACCUUUGACUACGUUCCCAAAAAACCAAAAGACUUACCAAUCUGGUACUACGACGGCAGCAACACCGGCCAGGCGUCUCCCGACAACUGCGACACGUACAUCUUCCCGCAGAGAAUCUACCACGACCCGUUCCGCCGCGGCAGCCACAUCAUGGUGCUGGCGGACACUUACCAGCACGAUUACCAGCCCACACCAUCGAACCGUCGUAAAGCGUGCUUGUUGUCAUGCGAGAAGACCGACGUUGAAGAGCCUUGGUUCGGUUUCAACCAGGAGUUCUUCCUCACGACCACAGACAACCGGCCACUGGGCUGGCCGCCUGGGGGCUUCCCGUCCCCGCCCGGCCCGUACUACUGCGCUAUAGGCGCCAAUAAAAUCGUGGCUAGAGACCUCAUGGAAGCAUUUUACAGAUGUUGCCUCUACGCUGGCGUCAGUUUGAACGGUAUCAAUCCCGGCACAACUCCAUCUCAGUGGAAUUUCCAGGUUGGGCCAAGUCCUGGCAUCAGAUCGGCGGACGACCUGUGGAUGGCGCGGUACAUUUUGGCGCGGCUCGCCGAGGAGUACAGCACGGUGGCUUGUUUCGACCCGCAGCCUAUACCCGACUGGCCUGGCAACGGCACCUUCUGUUACUUCUCCACCAAGGAUAUGCGGGAAGAGGACGGUAUACUGGUGAUAGAGCGUGCGAUCGACAAGUUGUCCCGGCGGCACGGCGUACACAUCAACGAGUACGACGCCAACAAUGGCGCCGACAACGUCAAGAGGCUCACUGGGAAACUUCAAAUCUCUCAUAUCAAAGACUUUACUGCAGGUGUCGCCAACCGAAGCUGCAGCGUCAGGAUUCCUCGGCAGGUAGCGGAGGACAAGAAAGGGUACCUGGAAGACCGGCGACCUGCCGCCAACGCGGACCCCUACCGGGUCAUAAACAUUAUGCUCAGGACUUGCAUCAUGGACGAAUAGCAGAGCUGAGUAGCAGAGAUAUGAUAUUUGCUGAAGAUAUAAUAUAGAAAACAAGAAAAUUUCAAAGGAAACAAGGUAAUAGGCUACUUGCCUCCUAGUCAAAUCAGCUUCUUUUUAAGAACUGUCAAAACGAAUUUUAACGACUUGCUAAUAUGGAAUUUAUAUGAAAUCGAAUUGAGUGACGUCACGGUCA